CCCAGCAGCAGAGCGCUGGGUUUACGGCAGCGGCAACAGCGUCCUCUGGUCCCCGGACGCGGACAGAGCGGCUCCCCAUCCUGCGGCCCACAGCACGGGGAGGGGGCACAACCCAACCCGAACCUAUUGUGGACUUGAGAAACGGCACAAAUUCACCCGCCGCCCGCCAUACACUCACUUUUUCUUCCGACUGAGACACUUUGAACGGGCCAUGGCUUCAUCCGUGAGCGGCACAGAGGAGGUGCGGGUGUCGGCGCUGACGCCCCUGAAGUUGGUGGGUCUGGUGUGCGUGUUUCUCGCCUUGUGCCUGGACGUCGGGGCCGUGCUGAGCCCGGCCUGGGUCACGGCGGACGACCAAUACUACCUGUCCCUGUGGUGGUCCUGCUGGAAGCCCGUCAGCUCCGUGGACUGGUCCUGCAGCAGCACGCUGGCGACCGACUGGCAGAUUGCCACGCUGGCCCUGUUGCUGGGGGGGGCGGCCCUCAUCCUGAUCUCUUUCCUGGUGGCGCUGGUCUCCCUGUGCGUCGGCUCCAGGAGUCGCUGCUACAAGCCCGUGGCUAUCAUGCUGUUCGCUGCAGUGGUGCUUCAGGCCUGCAGCUUGGUCCUCUUCCCCAUCAAGUUCAUAGAGACUAUCAGCCUGAGGGUGUACCAUGAGUUCAACUGGGGCUACGGCCUGGCCUGGGGAUCCACCAUCUUCUCCUUCGGAGGAGCCAUCCUGUACUGCCUCAACCCCAAGAACUACGAAGACUACUACUAAAGUGUGGGAGACAGGAGGGGAACCCUGGACUCAACUCUCUCUCCCCAGUGUACUCUCCAUGAUAGCAGCUCAUAGUCUGUUAUUGCAGAAGCGAAAGCCUCAGCGGUCAAACACAAUGCACAACCACAGACUGGAACCAGAACGAAAACAAACCCUUAUUGUUAGUUUCAGGACACCACAAUACUGCACCAUCCGCACGACGGCAGUCCUACUUAAACUGGAAAAGAGCUCUCUCAUUUGAUACUGUGAGCUUAUGUUCUCAAAGACCAUCCUCACUCAUUGGACUGAAGCCCCGUACGCUCUUAGCGGCAGAGGAGACUUGGCAGCAAAUCAGGCUGUGUAAUGGAAUUCCACAACCAAUGAGUUUAAUUUGCGAGGGAAUGUCACCAAUCAGAAAAUCCUGCUUCCCCUUUAACUGGAACUCCAGUAGGUCUUACAUGUUGGCACAAAAUCUGGAGAGAACAGAUGGAUUUACCAACCCCAUGCUGGGACGAAUUGGUGGACUAAUUAGCCAAUCAUAGCAGAGAAAGUGAAGAAUGAUGUACGCUGAGACCAACCAGGGAGUGAGCAGACCCAUGGAGCAAGAGAACCGAUUGAAACAAUAUACUGAGGAUGACAAAGUGACUCACCCUAAGGAAGACAGGGCACACCUAAGGAAAUGCGAUAUGUUGCAUCUCCCCAGAGACACACAGCAUCUGGAAGUCAGCUUUUCCUUCCUCCUCCAGUAGUCUAUUGUGUAUAUAACAUUGGUGAAAGCAUGUGUUAUAAUGAAGCUUCAGUGGACUGGCUUCAUUUUAUCAUAUACUACUUAUUUAAAUCCACAAAAAAAGAUUGGGGGAAACCAGUACUAAAAAUAAGCCACUGAAGACAAUAAGAAUAUUCCCAAAGCGUCUGCCAAAAGAGCACAGCCAAGAGGAAUGUUUAACUGGUUAAUGAAUAGCAUAGAGUAUGCCACUCGUAUGAAUAGUGGUGAAACCAUCAUUAAAGACCUUGGGCCACUAACUUGAACCUGCAACGUCUCCCAAGUUACACCUGAUUUUUGAUAUAACUUGUUAUCUGAUUUGUAAGUACAUGCAGUAAGCAAGACACUUAUUCGCAGUAUUCAUUCCAAGUAGACAAGCGGGAAGGAAGAGGGCAAAUGACCUUGUCUGCCGAGUGUGUGCGUGCACGUCUACAUGAUCAUACCACCCAGCAUGUGCUCACACACCUCCCCUUGUGAUGCCUCUUAUCUUUCCAUUCCAUGGGAAAUGGGAAUGCUCUGUACAGGCCUCUCAGUACCAUCGGUACCAUUCAGAAUACGAAGCUUGUCAGAUAGGAAGAGGCUAUAAAGUGAAAUGUUAUUGUAGUUUCCACAAAAGUCAAAGUAGACUUAGUCUUUACAUCAGACGACCUUAAUAGGCUAGGAAAUGCCUGAGUGCUAUGUGUAUGCAUCGUGUGUGAGUAGCAUGGUGUAGGGUGUGUGAAUGAGGGUGUGUUCAUGGCAAGUGGUGGCUGGAAAGGGAGGACGGUGGUGUCAUUAGAGGCUGGACUCAGGGGCAGAUCACACUGGGUUUCAAAGCCCUAUUGGUGCCUGUGGCAAUGACACCCUCCUCUCCUGAUUGCUCAUUCUAGCUGAGAGGUCAGAAACUUGCCCAGCUCCCACAUGCAACAGAAAUGAGAGAGUGAGUGUGUGUGUGUGUGUGUAUUGUGUGUCUGAUUCCCAUUGGUUUGAUUACUAACAUAAUAAACAUUUAAUGGAGAAAAA